AUGAGGGCCCAACCCACAAAAGAGCAAAAGAAAAACUUUGAAAUUUCCGUGUCUGUAGCUUUGUAUGUAAUCAACAAAGUCCUCAACCAGCACAAUGGUCUUAUACGCAAAUUUGUCAUUGAUUUUCAGACAACCUUUUACAAUAGCAAAACUCUUAGGUACCAGUCGUUUGACUUGGACCAGUGGUUUCUUUUUGUCACACGAAAAGGUGUUGAAGAAAUCAAUCUUUCUCUUUUGGGUGAAGAUAAUUACAGGCUGCCAAAUUGCAUAUUUUCUUGCCUAACACUAAAGGAAUUGCAUCUUAAUGCAGUUUGCGUUGAUUCAAUAAAUGCCCACUGCACAUUACCAAAUGUCAUUUCUCUUCGUUUUGAGAAUGUUGACUUUGAUGGUGUUGAUCUUCCAGUUCCAGUUGAUUUUCCUAUGCUCGAGAAUCUCUCAUUUAUAGGUUGUGAUGACCUGUCCAAUUUGAACAUUACUGCUCAAAAACUCGAAAGUUUAACAAUCAACAAUUGCCGGGUUUUCCAACUCUCUAUUAACUCAGACUUGAGAUCUGUUCGUACUCUUGAUUUAGAUAAUUAUGCUUUCAAGGAAUUUGUUAAACGAUGUACUAGGAGGGGACUACAACCACAACCACUUCCACUAAAUGUGGAAUACUUGAGAGUAUCAGAACACAAUUAUUUAAGGGAUGACAUUUCUUCUGAAUUCAUUCAUUUGCUUCGAAUAUGCCCAAAAUUAUGCAAACUUGAUAUAAGCGUAUUGUUAAAUGAUGUUUUGGGAAAACUUUCCGAGGAAUUUCGUAGUGUAGCUCAAGGACUUGAAAUGCUUCACAAUUUGAAUCUGGUAGAUUUUGUUGCGUACGAAGAGGAGUUUGUUUUCAUCAAGGGGCUGCUUGCUUUGUUUCCUGCCCUUGAGGAGGUUGUCAUUAGACGAUCAGAAGUGUGCGAUUGCGAUGAGAACUUUGAAAAUUACAAGGAGCUUUUGCAUUUAAAAUGUGCCUCUACAAAAGCAAAAAUAACUGUUAUUGGCUAAGAAUCUUAUUGUACUUCUAUUGAAUUGAGUUUUUGCGCUGAUUCCAUACCUCUGUAUAAUUGUUAGUUUGAGUAUCCUUGCAAGUUAUACUAAUAUAUUCUCACAUAGCAGGAUAAGAUUAAUUCAAUUAAUUUUGGU